UCCUCACGCCUGCAGGAUUCAGCAGUGGUUCCUCAUAGUGGAUCCUUCGUGCACGCAGAGCUGCAGAGAGCCUCGCCGGGAGGGAGGAAACGUGUUCACUGUGAGCUUCUCCCGCUGUGAUUACCCGUCUUAAAGGUGGAAUAACGUUUAAAGGAGUUUUGUAUUUCACGGCUGUGAGCUGCAGCGCUGUUACCGUCGAGUUCAGGAUCUGUCACCUGACUGCAGCAGCUGGUUCAGUCUUCAGGAGAGUCUCGGCAGCUGUCAAGAGGAAACCGGCAGGGGCUAGCAAGUUAGCAAGGUAGCCUGCCAGCUAGCCAGCUCUCACUCCAGCUACAACAAGUCCCACCCUCCUCCCUCAGGACGCGGACUGCGAAGAACCAGCAGUGGGGUGAAGUCGACUGCUUUCCCCUAUAAGCUCAACCAGCACCGCGGUCCAGCUGGCUUCAAGGCUAAACCAGACCUCUUAGUGAGCAGGGUGAAGGUUGGAUGAGUUCUGGUGAGGGGAGCUACCCUGGCAGAGAGACUGGCUCAGAAGAAGAGGAGAAAUAAGACUGAACCAGGAAGACACCGAGCAGGAGGGGACUGGGGAGGCAGAAUCUCACAUAGAUAGCAAACGCCGCCGCUGAGCCACGCACAACCAUGAGUAUUGAGAUACCAGUGGGGCUGACAGAACUGCUGCAGGGUUACACCGUCGAGGUGCUGCGACAAAGGCCGUCAGACCUGGUGGAUUUUGCAGUACAGUACUUCACCCGUUUGCGGGACACCAGAAGUCAGGAUGGAGGCGGCGCUGGUGGCAAGGCAGGGAAAGGGGUGGUGUUUGAUGGAGAGCCGAUGCAAACGGAGUCUAACGGAGAGGACGAUGAGGACGACGAUUCUGACUUUGAACCUCCACCACCCAGCAGAUUCAACAGGAGAGUGUCAGUGUGUGCAGAGGCGUUCAACCCAGACGAGGAGGAUGAGGACACGGAGCCCAGAGUGGUCCAUCCAAAAACAGAUGAACAGCGCUGCAGACUGCAGGAGGCCUGCCGAGACAUCCUGCUCUUCAAAACACUAGAUCAGGAGCAGUUCUCAGAAGUGCUGGAUGCCAUGUUUGAGUCACGAGUACAGCCCCAGGAUCAUGUCAUAGACCAGGGGGACGACGGAGACAACUUCUACGUCAUAGAGAGGGGCGUGUUCGACAUAGUGGUAUCGGGAAACUGCGUGGGUCAGUACAACAAUAAGGGCAGCUUCGGGGAGCUGGCACUCAUGUACAACACACCACGAGCCGCCACCAUCGUCGCCACCGAGGAAGGGUCAUUAUGGGGGCUGGACCGUGCCACGUUUCGUAGACUCAUCGUGAAGAACAACGCCAAGAAGAGGAGGAUGUACGAGUGCUUCAUAGAGUCGGUGCCCUUACUCAAAUCACUGGAGGCAAACGAGAGGAUGAAGAUAGUGGAUGUAUUAGGAGCCAAGCAGUUCUCAGAUGGUGACCGCAUCAUCACACAGGGAGACAAGGCCGACUGCUUCUAUGUUGUAGAAUCUGGGGAGGUCAAGAUCAUGAUGAAGAGUAAAACGAAGGCAGACCACGCAGACAAUGCGGAGGUGGAGAUAACGCGCUGUAGCAGGGGUCAGUACUUUGGGGAGCUGGCCUUGGUCACUAACAAGCCCCGGGCCGCCUCAGUCUACGCAGUGGGCAGUGUCAAGCUUUUGGUAAUAGACGUGCAGGCCUUUGAGCGCCUCCUGGGCUCCUGUAAGGAGAUCAUGAAGAGGAACAUCGCCCACUAUGAGGAGCAGCUGGUGGCCCUGUUCGGCUCCAGCAUGGACCUGAGAGACUGAGCCUCCCACACCACCCUCCGUGCCUUCUAUUACACACACACACACACACACACACACACACACACACACACACACACACACACACACACACACACACACACACACACACACACACACACACACACCAUCUCUCAUAUCAUGCAGUGGCUUUCCAGACUCAUAAUAAGCUUUACACAGGUCAUGCAAGUUGUACUUUUGGCUUACCUUUAAGUACAUAAAUGCCCACUCUCACACACACACACACACACACACACACACACACACACACACACACACACACACACACACACACACACACACCGACACCAGUGUAGGCACUGAGACACACUCACUUCCCUUAGUCUGCCCUUGUGCACAUACUAGCUCAACACACUCCUUGAUAAGCUGUCUUUGUAGAGGCACAGACACACACUCUCUCUCACACACACACACACACACACACACACACACACACACACACACACACACACACACAGAGCUAGUUGAAGGCCACACACACCUUGUUGCUUGAGCCAGCUUCAACCUCACAGUAUGAAUGUCUUUGCUGCAUUGACCUUAAUACAGGCAACGCAGGUGAAAGACACACACACACACACACACACACACACACACACUCCAUACACACGUUUAAAAACACACAUUGUCACGCUUCAUGGGGAGAGCUCUGCGUUCACCUGAGCACUUACACAACUCAAGAGUUGUUCCAACAAGCUUCAGCAAAGGACACACACACACACACACACACACACACACACACACACACACACACAAACACACACACACAGAUGUACACAUACAGACCCGCAAAAACACAUAGGUUACCACUCUUGCAAAAACAUUCACAUUGUGGUAAAAUGGAGACAAAACUUUAAGAAUCUCUCAAAAAGAAAAAAAAAUCAAAAAUGCAAAAAAAAAAAAAAGAAGAAGUUUAAAGAAGAUAAGUUUUAGAAACGUUUUAUGAAGAAAAAACAGAAGCUUUGAUAAAAUAUUAUUUAAAUAAAAAAAGUGUUUCCUCUUGGGGAGGCCGGGGUGCAGAUCUUUGUGGGCGCGCUCCCUUCCUUCCUCUACUGUUGUUGAUUGAGUUGAGUUAGUGCUGGUGAUUAUUGCAGUACCGCAGAAGAAGCAGUGAAAACAAUAACAACCCUACGUUUUCUGGGACAUUGUUAUUCUGUCUUUGACGCCACACUUCAUUGUAUUGAAUUAAUUAUUAAUGUAUUGUUAUUAUAUAUUCAUUUCUUUUUUUUGUUUUGUUUCGUUUUACUUUGACCAAUUCUGAUAAAAAUCACCAUCCAUCUUUGACAAAAUGUAAAAACAGAAAAAAACAUUCUAAUGAAAACAGUAGUGCUUAUUUCUCCUUGAUUAUCCUUGAAUGAGUUGUCCUGGAUAAAAAAAUGAAAAAAAUAAAGCAAACAUUUUGUUAAAAACUUCA